AUGGUUUCACGCUGGCUGAGGAGAUUCUCCUCAACGCCGUCAUGGCGCUCUAACACUCCCAACGGGGCAUCCAACACCUGCGAGGCGCCCUUUUCUGUGUUUCGCGACGUGCCCGCGCUCCGGCAAUAUCGAAAGCAGUUACUUCUGUCCAAGAGAACCGUUGGUUUAGUCCCGACUAUGGGUGCCUUACAUGAUGGCCAUCUGUCUCUAAUCCGCCAAGCAGCUACUGAAAACACAGAUGUGUUUGUUAGUAUCUUCGUUAAUCCAACCCAAUUCGGAGUUAAUGAGGAUCUGGACAAAUAUCCCAGGACGUGGGAGGCAGACAUCCAGAAAUUAAAGGAAUUAGAUGAAGAGCUGGCACUCGCAAGGACUGGUUCGGCGCGAGGACGUAUCUCUGCAAUUUUUGCCCCAACGAACAAAACCAUGUAUCCGACACUGCCGCCAACAUCUGAACUGGAUGGAUACGGUUCGUUCGUUACCAUCACGCCUCUAGCGACACUGCUGGAAGGAGCUUCGCGGCCUGUAUUUUUUCGUGGAGUGGCCACCGUCUGCAUGAAAUUAUUCAACAUUGUAACGCCCGAUCGAGUCUAUUUUGGCCAAAAGGAUGUGCAACAAACUAUCGUGAUCAAGCGGAUGGUGACGGACUUACAUGUCGGGACUGAUGUGAAAUUGGGACCUACAGUACGAGAAGAAGAUGGUUUGGCAAUGAGCUCGCGGAAUGUGAUGCUUGGUACAAGACGACGCAAGGUUGGACUUGUACUGUACCAAGCGCUCAAGGAAGCGGAAAGGGCGUACUUGUCGGGCAAGCGCGACCGAGAGGAUAUCCUGCGACCCGCAAAUCGACUUGUGGAGUCCAUUGCACGUGAACAGGAAUCCCUGCCACCUUCAGAGCGGGCAAUAUUCGAGCUCGACUACAUUUCGCUCGCGGAUGUUGACUCGCUCGAGAAAUUGCAAGUAGUGGAUGUCUCAAGAGGUGCCGUCUUAAGUGGUGCUGUGACAAUGCUGCCUAUAGAAAGCCCGCAGCCUGGCGAAGAUUGUGGGAAAAAUGGAGGUGAUACCCCUGUGAGAUUGAUUGACAAUAUUAUCAUUUGA